AGUUCAGCUCGACUUGUUGAAUAUUGAGUGUUGGAUCUCUGUCUGGUCCUCUUCUAAAGUUGUCAGACGAUAAACAAAAUAAAACAAAACGUUUAGCCGCCAAACUGUGUUCUAAGUUCAAACUUACUCAGUGAGUUCAUUAUUGCUGUUUCAAAACCGAAGUUUAGUUGUUAAAGUAGUAGAAAAUGUGAUUUUCAACCAGAGUGCUGUGAUUUUGCUUGUUUCAUUGUUUGUGACAGUAGUGACUUACCUACUGUAAAACUCUAGCAAAUUACAAAAAAGGAUUCUGCAAAAUAUGACCCACGGCAACAGCAGUUCAGUGUCGACGUACCGAUGGGGUCCCCCGGACAUCUGCCCGGCCGGUCUCAUCCUGCCUCUGGUCGACGAGCGAGAGUGGAGUCUGUCCUUCAGGCGCACCCUCUAUCUGCUCCUACUGCUCUACUUCUUCUUGGGCAUUGCCAUUGUCACUGACAUAUUCAUGUCGGCCAUUGAAACCAUAACCAGCAAAACAAAGAAGGUCUAUCUGGCCAAAAGCAAGAAGAAGUCACACGGCAGCUACAACAGCGUUGUGGCUGGAGGCCUUCGGGCGGAGGAGCCCGAGGUAGUGGAGGUGCGAGUGUGGAACGACACUGUUGCCAACCUUACACUGAUGGCGCUGGGCACCUCGGCACCCGAGAUCCUGUUGUCGGUGAUCGAGACAGUCGGCCACAACUUCGAGGCGGGCAAGCUAGGUCCGGGCACCAUAGUCGGCUCGGCCGCAUUCAAUCUGCUCAUCAUCACUAGCAUAUGCAUGCUCUCGCUCCGGCCCAACGAGACUAGGCGGCUGGCCAGGUUUAAGGUAUUCGUGGUGACGUCACUGUUCAGCUUCCUGGCGUAUGUAUGGCUGCUGGUGAUCCUUCAGGUGUCCUCGCCGAACGUGGUGGACCUGUGGGAGUCGGCGGUCACCUUCGCCCUCUUCCCCAUCCUCACGCUGUUCGCGUACGUGGCCGACCGCGGCUGGUGUGGCCUCAAGGUCUUCACCGGCUCCAAGAACAAGCGGCAGCUCGAGUUGGGCCCGCUCAGGUCCGAUGAAACUGACAAAACGGCGUUGGAGAGAAACUUCUUCAAGGAGGGCAAAUUGGACAAGGACAGUCUGGUGGCAUUCGUGCGAGAGGUGAAACGAUUUCCCGGCUUAACUGAUGAGGAUGCUGCCAUGCUAGCUGCCUCAAAACUAGUGAAUGCCCAGCCUCAUUCAGCGAUGUGGUAUCGCAUAGGCGCCGUGCGCUCUCUAUCUGGCAGCAGAAGACUUGAACCUAUUCUCAGCACCAGACUAAAACAGGUUUAUGAUGUAAUCAACGAGCACCCGGCCGCACCCGAUCUGGGCGACGUGCCCAGUGGACCGGACACUGACAAGAAUGCGGUGAUUGAGUUCCACGCGGCCACUGUCGCAGUUCGGGAGACAAUCGGCAAGUUCUCGGUGACCGUGUGGCGACAUGGCAACCUACAGCCGCAGGCCAGAGUUAGAGUGGAAUCAAUUGACGGAACAGCAGUGAGAGGCGAGGACUAUGUUGCCAUCAAUGAAAUCAUCACAUUCGAAGAGAAUCAGAGAGAAAAACAGGUUAUAGUUGAGAUAAUGGACGACAACAAGUGGGAACCCAAUGAAGAGUUCUUCCUACGGCUGAGUCUGAUCCAUGACGAAGAUAACUCGCAUGUGGAGUUGGGUCGUAUCUCAAUCAUGGAAGUCACCAUUAUCGAUGACGAUGACCCGGGCGUGAUAGCGUUCGAGAAACGCGGUCUGCUGGUGAAGGAGAGCGCGGGAAGCGUGCUGGUGCCGGUGAUGAGGCGGGGAGGCUCGGACGGGGAGGUGCAAGUCAAGUACCGCACCAUUGACAAGUCGGCAAUUUCAGGGCGCGACUACAAGGGCGGCGCCGGCUCUAUACGAUUCAAGCAUGGAGAGACAAGACUGAUGCUGGAGAUUGAUAUAAUAAACGAUUUCACGCCGGAGAAAGACGAAUGCUUCGAGGUGGAACUAUUUGAUGCAACCGGGGGAGCCAGGAUAGGCAGCAUCAACAGGACGGCUGUAACUAUUACCAAUGACGAUGCGUUCAACACAGUUAUGGACAGGCUGAUGGUGAUGACGAAUGCCAACAUGGAUGCGAUCAGGGUGCACAGUGAGACAUGGUGUCAACAGCUCAAGAACUCGAUGCUCGUUAAUGGCGGAGAUAUCGAAAACGCCAACAACACCGACUACCUCUUACAUUUUCUGUCUUUCUUCUGGAAGGUUUUGUUCGCUUUGAUCCCGCCGCCGGGUAUGUUUGGAGGCUGGCUGUGUUUUGUUGUGUCUCUGAUCUGUAUUGGUGGUAUGACUGCUUUCGUUGGAGACAUUGCCACACGCUUUGGAUGCCUUGUUCAUCUUGACGAUACUAUCACUGCGAUAACAGUAGUGGCGCUGGGCACAUCCCUGCCAGACACGUUCGCCUCAGCAACGGCCGCCCGCACCUCGCAAACCGCUGACUCAGCCAUCGGCAACAUCAAUGGCAGCAACUCUGUCAACGUCUUCCUUGGCCUCGGUCUGCCCUGGUUGCUCGCCUGCAUUCAUCACUUCAGACAGGGUACCCAGUUCGAAGUGCAAUCGGGCAACCUGGGCUUCAGUGUGCUCAUGUACUCGAUCGCCUCGAUUGUGGCAAUCUCUCUGCUGGUGACGCGCCGGCAGCUGGCAGCCUGUGGCAAGGCAGAGCUGGGUGGGCCAAGGGUCACCGCUGCCGCCUCCGCCGCCAUACUCAUCACGCUGUGGCUGCUCUACAUCCUCUUCUCUGUGCUCCAGAUCAACGGCGUAAUCCACAUGUAAAUGGACCGCCACACCACAGAAUACAUACAGAAUGAAAAGUAUCAAUCCAAACCAUGUAUUUUACAUGACGCCAAGACUUGAGUGCACCAAGACCACGUCACGUGAUUGCGCCAUUCUGUUAGAAAUUAAAAUUACCACUAUACGGAUCUUUUGAUUGGCUCGCAGUAGUGAACGAUACUGAUUGACCCGGAUCAGUAAAGUGAUCCGAACCUCCCAUCUAUAAUAUUACAAUGCUGAACUUUUGCGUCAGUAUACUAGCCGACUUUCCAUUCUGUAUUGUAUUCUGUGGCCACACUGUGUUAUUAGACCGUCCUCACACUGCCUGCGGUUUCCUACAAAGUUGAUCGUACCAUACAUACAAAAACCCCGAACGAUCCUGAUGCAUCGAAAUAGAUGUGAAUGGGCUCACACUGCAUACAAGUUGGACGUAUAUGUAUACACACAUAUACUUCAACCAUAACAUAUACGUAAUUACAUAAACGUAUUCAGUACGUAUAUUGUACGUAAACAACAACAGGAACAGUUUUGGGCUUUAAGCCUGUUGUUCCUUCUCCAAUCAUACAUAGUUGAGAAUUAUAGUACGUAUAUUGUACGUAAACAACAACAUGGACAGUUUUGGGCUUUAAGCCUGUUGUUCCUUCUCCAAUCAUUCAUAGUUGAGAAUAAUAUUGUAUCUAUCAAUGUAUAAAUAAAUAAACAAAUAUAUUUAUGCUACAUAAAUGAUGUGUGUAUACGUACGUCCUACAUGUAUGCAGUUUCAGCACUUACAUCUAUUUAAAUUCCUCAGGAUCGUUCCUACGAUGCUGUAUGUAUGGUACGAUCAAUUUUGUAGGAAAACGCAGGAUGUGCGAGGACGAUUAUAGGCCCAAAUGCACCUUCUCAGUUUAAAUGGAGAAAAAUCAGAUGAUCGUUUGAACCCGAAAUGUAACGCAUUAGAAUAAAUGCGACCGUAUCAAAAAGUAAUCGUGGUUUAGCGUUUAGGUGGUGCAUAUGGCUCAAACCUCAUCACACUCGUUAUCUUAUCUGUGCUAAGUAUGUAUAUUUGUAGAUCAAUGAGCUGCAGAUGCAUAUAUAAUUGAAACAACAUGUCACAUCAUGUUUUCGGUAUGACCCACUUAGCUAAAUAACAAACAACUGGAGAUAGCACUAAUUGAGGCAGCAUAACAGAACGAAGAUCCCCCCAAAGAACAUAGUUUUAAAUCAUGUACUUCAAGUUUGCCUUGGGUGGGGUUUGAAGAUGGAGUCCAAUCGAAUAUUAAUAAUAGUCAAAAUAUUGUAAAACGUUUGAACUAGGAUCAAGUUUUCAAGCUUUAAGCUUGCACAUUUCUUUGAGAGACCUACUUCAUGUUGAUUUUGAAGUUUCGUUCAAAUUUCAAAAAAGUAAAAAAUAGCUGUAGGUCUAAUUUGAAUUCCCCUGCUUAGUAAAAUAACUUGAAUUGCCAAGCGAUUGCUACUAAUAUCGUAUUAGUAUUUUAAUUUAAACGUUUAAAACGUCAAUUAUUAUUACUUGUGUUUUAUUUAUUUUUGAGUAUUUUAUAUUUUUAUAAUUUAAAGCAAUACUAGGCUAUAACAGUGUUGAUCUAUGACACACUCAGAGAGGUUGAGUAUAUUAUUUGUUUCAAUUGAGACCAGUUUGUGUCAGACAGAAGGAAAAUUAGGAAGUUGUAUCUAUUAAUGUAAUCGGCCGGUUCUAAGAAUGUAUAAAAAGUUUAAUCAAGAAUCAUCCGUGAGGUUAAUCAAAGAUCAAAAUCGAUCAUGUGCCUGGCCGCAUAUUUACUGCUCUUCCUAAGCUAUAUGUGUUUAUUAAUUUCAUUUGAUUGUAACCAAUUGCAAUUAAAAUCACUACUAUUUAUUUUUAAGUGUGAAUGAUAUUUAGUUUUACGUAUUACAUUAUUCUUAAUUGAUAUUCAUAUAUUUGAUGUGAGCUGAUAUUUAUUUGUCAAUGAAUGUAUUUUUGCCUAAAAGAUAGGGAAUCCCCUUUGUUACUUUACAUUAGCCUUCCGAAAAAAUUAACAAAGAAUCGCCUUAAGUUUUGUCACUCAUAGUACUAAAGUCGGCGACUUUUUUUAAAAAACUAUAGUGUGAUUCACUACAAACUGACAGCUUUCGUGGUAGAUAACACCAACGUUUUCCAUUAAAACAAUACAAAGACAGUUUUAAGUGAGUCUCACAAAUAUUUACUCAGUGCUGGUUGAAUGGCAAGCAUAUAAUAUUUAUGCUAUUAAUAAAACAUUUUUAUAAACAGCAUUCAUAAAUAAUGCCUACAGUAUGAAGUGAAUCUCUCUGUACAACUUAGAAGGCGAAAUCGUAAUUAUUACGAGGAGGUAACAGAUUGUGUAUUGUAGCCCUUGCUUGUAAACUCCCUCCCACCUGUACGUUGCUUUUGUAUAUCCGUUUUUGAAAUGAAGUUUUGUAAAAAUAUAUAAGUGUUAAUUGUGUAGAAAAUGAUAUUUUCUAUUAAAGAAUAAUAUUUUUUUA